UUCAACAAAUGUGGUUUGCAUUUCACCCAAGAAACACAGGAUCUCCUUUUUAAUAUCUAUGUUAAAAAAGCUAAGUGUUUGACAAUAAGUUGUCUAUAGUAAAUAGCUGAAAGGAAGCAAACUGUUCAAAGUUGGAAACAAAUAAAGAUUUACAACAAUGCAGUGGUCAAAUUCAUAUUAAACUCCUAAGUUGGAAAUCCACAGGUGCAGAAAGGAAGUGUUUUGGAGAAAGGCAAGAUGGUAGAUUGAAGUAUGAAAACUUCAGAGUUGGUGAGAACUGUAGGGGAAAUAUGAUUUUUGAAUGUUUAUUGAAAAGAAAUGCAAUGUCUUGUAAAGACAGCACUGGGAAAAUGACAGAUUCACGGUGGCCUGAGAGGUCAGCAAAAGAGAAUACAUGAUGUGCUGUGCUCAGUGAUCUCUUCAAGAAGAAAGGACUUGGAGAAAGGGUCAUGUAGAUAAAUGUGAUAAGCAGAGAAAUAGUUGAAUGUGAAUAUUUGGAAAUCAUUGCAUCCUCUCAGGUGAAAUGAAAAAACAUCAUCAUUAGCAAAAGUGGCACAACUUCAACCAGCAGAGGUAGAUAAACAAUCAUUGACCACCUGAAAUGCAAGAAAAAUUUGGAGUGAAGCACACACUGGAAAAAAAGGAAGUUGCAAAGACCUUUUAAGAGAAUGGUUAGAAAAUGAAAAAAUAUUACUCUUUCAAAGAAGGAAAAGCAAAUAAAUGCUUCAGAACUGUAAAGGCAAUAUGACUAAAUAGAUAAUUUUAAUUAUUUCUGAAAUGUUGAGGCAAGAUGCAACCAUUAAGAGCACAAUAUUAGAAGAUAACUUUCUCCUCCAUCACGUUUUCUUGAAAAAUCAUAUUUAUGAAACAAAUCUACUUCCAUGGACACACUGAACUCCAACACGAAGUAGCUGGUUACAAUAUAAAAAAAAUUAAAAAAAAUAACACAUCACAUGAGGUGGAAAUUAUGACUGACAAAAAUAACAUAAGGCAAUGAACAACUAAGGAAGGACAGAGGAGGCUGUUGAAGGUGCUGGCAUCAGCCUCAGAAGCAGCCUGUUUUCUCAGAUAAUUAUCAGGCUCUGAAGAGAAGUACUCUGCACAAAGAAUCACCGGACAAGAGCAUUUACCUACAGAAGGAGCUGAGACACUCCACAAGAUUAAUUCAGUCACAUGCAGGAAAUUGUGGCUGAUGUCAGGGUUGGAAUAACCCUGGUAGAAAGCACAAUUUACCUUGGAAACAAGGAUAAUGCAAAAGUCUGCAAUCUCAGUCCCCAAAAGAAUGUGUUGCUCACAAUAUAUUGUUCAAAAGGAACAAGCAUUUAGGGAAUGUGUUUUCAAAUAGAAAUUUUUCAUGUUUUAGUUAUGGUUUUUAGCAGUGUGAUGAAAGAAUGUGGGAAAAUAAGGCCUUCACUGCAAGAGAGAGUCCUGGCAUGACUCAAAAGCAAAGGACCACAACAGAGCUUAGAUAAUCAAACCUGGUGCCAGUGAAGGAACAAGGAUUCUCUUGACCAAGAAACACUUCUCAUAGACACAGAUUUGCUCAUCACUGUUUUGAAUAAGGAAGUACAAGCACAAACAUGGGAUGGUCAGAGCCCUUGGCUGCCACGAUAAGCGCGCUGAACGGACAGGAGAGGGUGUUCUUAAAGGCAGAGAAGGAAUUAGAACAUGCAGGCACACCUGAUGAAAAAGUAAACAGUGCUGGAGAAGAGAAUUUGACUCUCAGAAUAAAAGAGCUGGAAAAGUCAAGGGAAAAACUGAAAGGUGUUCUGGAGGACUGCGUGGAGUCGAAUUCCAUCCUGAGAAAUAGGAUGAGAGAGCUGGAGCUGUCACACAAAGCACUUCUUGUGAGGAUUGAUCAACUUUCUGUGAAGCUGGGCCAGGUUGAAAAUGUCAAUCUGCGUGUUAAAGGGAAACUGCAAAGCAUUCAGGAGGACCUGAUGCACUUGGUUGAAAACCAAAAGAAGUCAGAGAAGAAGAACAAGGAAAAACUGCGUUGGCUUCAGGAGCAGCUGAAGACAAAAGAGGAUGAAAUAAAAAGCCAGUCAGAAUAUUUUGAGCACUACAAACAAAGGCAGAGACAACAGACAGCGGUACUGAGGAAAAGGGACUGUUACCUUCAGGGUGAGGUAUCUAGGCUAGAAAAGCAAGUCCUGGAUCUUAAUGCCCAUAUUGCUCUUUUGACAUCCAAGUUAGAAGAGGGAAUGGUGCAGCACCUGCAGCAGAAGCUGCAGUCAGUGUGCAGUGGGAGUCAGGGCUGUAAGUACCCUGGAAGGGAAGAAAUGGAAUGGAAAGCUUGUAUUGAAAAUGUGGAGCAUGAUGUGAAAAGCCACCUCAAGGCAUUUCAGCAAAACCUGAAGUUCUUGAGGGAAAAAGAAGAGAACACUAGCAGAGAACAGGCAGACCUGCUGACUGAACUGCAGUGCUCUCAGAACACUGAAGACUUUCUCCGAACAAAAUUGGAAGAAUCUCACCAUCAGAUUUAUAGCUUAAAAAUAUCUGAAAUCAAACUACAGGAAAAAGUGGAAGAGCUUUUAGAUGAAAACAGAACUUUAAAAGAUCAAGGUACUAUUAAGUUGAAAAAGAAGAAAGAAAAAUACUCAGAACUUACAAGAUCGGUGGAUGGGGACAACAGUGUUUACCUGGUAAGUCAAUUGGAUGAAGUUCAGCAUCUGAAAUGGAGGACAGUCUCGGAUUCACUUAGAAGCAGAGCUACUCAAACUCCAGUUGUGCUGCUACAUGAUAAAGAGUCUGAAACACCAGCCUGUAAUUGUGAGGGACUAAAGCAGAUGGAGGAGCUUCCAGAAGACCUUGUACCAGUUUUGGAAUGCAGUUCCAGUGCCUUUGUGAAAGUUGCUGGUCUAGCUGAGACUGAGCAGGUCACCCUUGGACCACAGAGGGCAAAUACUCUAAAGGACAGUUUGAGGUGUACCCCAAGUCAUCAUGCAACAGGACUGCUUCCCCCUUGUUCUGAGAAGUUACCCAGUGAUGAGACAAGUAAGGAAACCAAAGAUGAAGAAACUUUUUUUCUCUUGAAGGAACACACCAUAGCUCCACCAGUGAAGACAUUCCCUGCUUCUGUGGUUGAAAUCUUAAUGAGAAAGAAGAUCCAACUGACCUUGUUUGAGCCUGGGAGAUGUCACAUAACAGCUUUCACCACUGAGAAGAAAGUGAGGAAUUUGAGUUUCUGUGAGAAAAAAAUUAAUCUUUGGUCUGAUCGUCUUUGCAUUGUUGCAAAAGGAGAAUUUCAUGACAGAGCUACUGAAUUUCUUCAUGGGACAUUGCCUUCCACUGUGGCUGAAAUUUUCACAACAUCUCUAGAAGAAUGCAACACAGAAAAACAUUGGGGAAACAAGCAAAUUCUGCCAGGAAGUGUGAGUGAGAAAAAAUGUCUGGAUAAAGAUGUGGAUGAUGAAAAGUAUCACCAAAAAAUCUUUACAGGGAGAGCUGAAAGAGAGGAAAUACAGAAUGAUGAAGCCAAACAUCAACAGGUGACAUGUGAUCUUGAGGAAAGUUCUAAAGUUUCCUACAGAAAUGAAUUAUUCAGUCCUGGGAAGCAAGGAUUGGAAGCCAGAGAGAGUCUCCAUAGCACACAGGGUGCCCAGAGUUUACCUAUUUAUUUCAAAGUCUUUCAAAAGUGUUUUGAAGCGAGUCCUGAACGAAUGGAGAAAGAAGAAAACAUUUCAGAAAACUGCAUCCCUGAUGUGAAUAGUGAACAUAAUGGAGAAGACAUGAUGGAAAUGGAAGAGAAAGGAAAGCAGGCUCAGAAACCAACUCACCAAACAAGCCCCUCCAGCAAUAUUGGCCUGAAAAAAAGGAAAGACCAGACUUUGAAACUCCAUGAACCAGAUAAGGAUUUCUCAUGUCAAAAAAUAGCUGCUAAAAAUGUGCAGCAUGAAUACUCUCACUUUUUUUUUUCAUCAGAUGAAGAGAGAUAUCUGCUAAACUUGCUGUUUCCUCUGCAAGAGAGGCCUGUGUGCUUAAGCAAAAUAUUCCAGCCAGGGAACAGUUUUUAUAGGUGUUUCUGUCCUCUAUCAACCUGGAAAGCUGGAAAUGAAUGUGAUGUGAGAAUAUCUGUAUUGGAAAAAGCAGUGGCUGCGUGUUCUCAGAGGAUAUUUCUGCUGAUGCAAGAGAAUGAGAAUUAUGCCAAAAAAGUCAGUAUUUUACAACAGGAGAAUGACAGAUAUGCCCAGAUUCUGUGUGCCCUGGAAGAGGAGAUGGAUGCAUAUUUUCAAUAUGUUUUAGCAGCAGAUGAAGCUAACAUAGUUUCAUUCCAAAACUUACUUAAUGAGAAAGAAAUUGCUGGUGGAUGUUUUGAUAACUUUACAGAAGAAAGCACCAUGACCCCAGGAACAUCUUUAGUUGCAACUUUUUCUAAGAAUCUCUCAUAUGUUGAAGAGAAAAACAGGAAUUUUGAAAAAGACUCAUGGACAAUUGCAUCAAAUAAAACUCACAGGAGUGUUCUAUCCCUGAAUGGAAGGAAAAUCAGAUACUUCCAGCUGCUUUCUGAUCUGAAAGAAGAAAGAAGCAGGUGCUUCAAAGAAAUGGCUAAAUUAUUACAAGACAAGGAGAACUGUGUAGCAAAAUAUAAUGAAUUACUGCAGGAGAGAAAGAGAAAUUUACAAAGAAUAGCUCUUUCAGAAGGUGAAAAAGAAACUUUGCUGGCACAAUUGUCAGAGAUAAAGUGUGAGCAAGAUGAAUACAGGGCCUUAGUUUCAGAGCUCCAAGACUGCAAAACUAACUGUUAUCAAACCAUUUCUGACUUACAGGAGGAAAAAUGUGUGCUGCAAAGAGAGAUUGACAGAAUCAAGCAAAAAACUUCAGCACAGCUCGGUGAACUUCAGAAAGCAAAUGCAAACUUUAUUUUAGAAAAUAAAAAUUUAAAAGAGUUAAUGUCUUCUUUGGGUUUCACUUAUGAAGAGCUGAGAAAAGAGAAAAGUAUAGGAACAAACAAAAAUACAGUAAAACUAAAAGAAGAAAAUCAACAACCUGGUCUUAAGCCAAAGAAAGUUGAAACAGCAUGUAGUGUAACACAAACUGAAGAACGGGGAGUUCUGGCUACAGAUCCUUCUGAUUAUUCCCCUGGCAAAAAGGGCAGCAUGUUUGAAAGCUACAGUAUGAUGAAAGAGCAAGUCAGAAAGGUGGAAGAGCAACUAAAAAUACAGCAAAAGGAAUUAGAAAAAUCAAAAAAAGAGGCUCAGAAGUGGUACAGAGAGCUUGGUUUUGCUGAAACAAGGUAUGAAGAAACCAAAACUCAUUUGAUGCAGGCUCUCUCAGAAUUAGACCACCUUAAACAAGAAGUUGGGGACAAAACGCGGGGAAAGCAGCACUGCAAAUUAAUGCCUGUGUACACAUUGAAGGAUGCCCAGGAAAAAGAGGUGAAUAAAAUAGCCAGUAAGAGAUUAGAGCAGCAAGUGUUGACCUUGAAAGCCCAGCUCAGGGACCAGGCUGCUUUACAAAAUCAGUUUCAUGACUUGCAGAAUGAAGUGGAACUCCUUCAGGCUCAACUAUGUGAAAAGGAGAAAGAGCUGCAGAAGAGCAAGUCUGAAGUGAAGUUGACAUUAGCUCCUCUGAAGGCUAAGCUGGCUUGCCUCACCCAAAAGUGCCAGGAAAGGAACAGCUUCAUUAGGAGGAUGCAUGAUGAAUUCCACAGGCAAGGAUUUAUUAACUCUGCAUUUGAUGAAGAGAUGAAGAGCCUGGUGAAUGACAUGACCCUGGCAGAGUACAUGGUUGCUUUUACACCAAUGUGUAAUCAAGUGAUGCUGCCUUCCUCCACAGAUGUUUCACAGGCUAAGGGGCAGCCAGAGGGUCCUGUGGCAGGUGCCAGAGGGAACAGGAGGAUUGGGUCAGCAUCUGGUGGCUCUCAGCCAGGGAUGGAUGGCCCCCCCAGCUCUCCCCUCACCCCAAGCCUGUGUGCUGGUUCUUCUGUCACAGUAGCAAGCCCAGAGAGGAUCACAGCCUUGCAUUGAGAGCUGAGAGAAAACCACCCCAAAAACUGCCAGGGAAGAAUGUUUCAGUCACACAGAAGAAGCAGUAGAGCUCUGAAGGAUGGAUAAAAUGUGGUUUGGCCUGAAGGUGACUGCAGCUGCUCCGUUAUGGGAAAAAGUGAGAAGUUGCCCUAAGUUGCCAUCUGCACCAUUUCAGCCACCUGCUGUAGUGGAAGCUGGCCAUGCACACCAGCCUAAAGUGUGGUUUGAAUCUGAGUUUUGUUUUGUUUUCUAGGGAUCUCAGCAUUUGCAUUUUAAAGCAAUUACCAAGCGCAAUCUCCAUUUUCAUGGGUCUGCUUAUGUGGAUAUGCAGUAUCUUCAGCUUUGUGUGGCUUUGAGCAUUCCUGAAAGAGCCUUUGAUCUGACUUGGGAUGUUUAGUAUAUCUGAGAAUGUGGUACUUGAGGGUACAAACUGUUUAGCAAAUGAGACAGAAUGGCAUUUUUUACAAGGCUAAGUUGGAAUUGGGAAUGAUCUUCGUGUGUGCUGAGAGGCACUUGGAACAUCAAAGUGCUCUGUCCUGAUACUCUGAGUAUUUCAACCACAUGAAUAGACCACACUGAAUUUAACUUUCAGAUAAAACACUUGCAGGCACACAUGCUUCUCCUGAAAGAGGCCCUUUUGUGCACUCUGGUUGGCAGCAGCACGUAUGACACAAACACAUUUUGCAGCCGUGCUGCCCAGUACAGAUUACACACCACAACCCCCACUCUUCACCUCUGGGAGCCCUUUGGGAAGGCCAGGAGAUGUGAGUGCAGGCACCAGAGCUGUGCCUGAGGAGUCCAGGGGGUGCCUCCAUCCAUUCUGUGACUAGAGGCACAGAGCACUAUUGAGACCGUGGCAAUACUUGUGGUGACCUGAACGGCAGCAGCUGCUCUCAAACUCUUACAUUGGGAUGCACUUUCAGUUUUGAAAACUGUUUUAUGUCUUGUAUUUCUCUUUUGCUUUUUUAACAUUGAGCUAGCUGCUAGGAUGUGCUGUCUUUACAAUGUGUAGUUGCCCAGUAAUUACAGAUAUCCUCUGAAAAGUAGGAGAAGAAAAAACCAUGGAAUCCCAAAUCAGAUUAAUGUAAUGUGCAUUUCUAGAUUACAAUUAGUAACAAGAUGACAUGUUGUCAUGGUAACAUGUGAAGCUUAACUGCAAGUUCCUAAAAUAAAGCAAUGACAUAUGUGUAGGUUUCUAUCCAUUUGCAUACUAUCCACAUGAAAACAUACAUAAUUUCUACAACACUCAGGCAAUUAAACCCUACUUCUUUCUUCUGAAUUAAGUGUUGAACUAAAAUAUCAGGCCUCUUUCCUAGUAUUUAUGCAAAAUCUCCCACUAUCAAUUAUAAAUGUUUAUGAUGAAGUCAUCCAUUUUGUAACAUCUUAAGCUUUCUGCCUUUUGGUUUCAUUUUAGAACAAUUAGAGUAAGGAAUGUAGAGCACGCUUCACUCUUUGUGGUUUGUACCACAUUGUUCUUGAAAUUCUACUGCCUCCUCAUACAAAAAUAGUCCAAACAAUAUAGGAAAAGUCUGCUUAUUAAUUACAUUGAUAGACCAGCGGAUGUGUUUCAUGUGGCUGAGGAUUGGGAAGUAAAAGCCCAACUUUACCUCAAAGCACUGGAAGAAAGCAGUAAACUUUUCAUGUGAGAUUUCUAGCUAAGACAGAAAGCCUAGAUAUUAUUUUCUAGUUGCCUUAUAGUGAGAAGUGUUGUUGUCUACUUGUUAGUGAGUCUGAGUUUCUUUCACUAAGCAGAAGUUAACUUGUUUAACGCGCUGUCUAUGGUAGAGUUACCAGGACAUGCUUUACAUUUAUUUUCAUUUCAUGGUAAACCUUCAGAGAAUGAAAAAUUGGGUGCUUUGUUCUGAUUGCUUUCUAUGCACAACAUUGUUUUGGCCAAAUUCUUUAGUCAAAAUUAAGAUGCUGCUAGGUUCUAUGAGUAAAUGCAAUCUCCUUCUGUCACCCUAAUUAGACAAGAUGGGCAAUGUUACAUGGAAAAUAUGGUUUCUUUGGCAGUUCACUUAUUUAUGUAUACUUUACUGUACAGACCAUUGGAGGAUAUUGAAAAUACAGAUUACAGGUUGCUCCUUAAGCGACCUUUAAAUCCCAAAUUCUGUUCUUCACACCACUAUGGUUGGCAAAUGCUGCAAGUACAAUGAUUUACUCUGGCGUGAUAAUCACGUUAUAUUCAGAAUAAUGCAGUUGCUGGGAAGUGUGUCACAUACACAGCAGAGUUCCCAGGAUAAGCUGCCUGCUAAAGCAUGGCUGAUGUUUGUCCUUGUGGCCUUUUGAAAAGUGGGAACUGAUUUUUGUGUUUCAUAAAUCUACCUGUAUUUCUCACUUGCAGAUGAAGGUUUUUAAUAUUUGAAUUUACUGUGGUUAUGGGGUGGAGGGAGGGACAUGUGCAGGCUGGGUUUUGCCACUAAUCCUUUGGAAAUCCUUUAGUGCCUUAAGGAGGCAGAGGGGUAACAGGCCCUAGGAUUACAGAAACUUGUUCAAACCUCUUUCCUGCUUUAGAAGAAAUCCUUUAAAAUAUAUUGUGCCUUUGGCUCUAAAUAUAUUUGCAUUAGAAAUCAGUAGCCAUGGGAUUAUGGACAGGAAUUUCUGCCCCUGUAGAAAUGUUAGGAAAGAGAGUAUACUAUUUCUUGUAUAGGAUAUAAUCUAAAAAUAUAGCUAACUUAAAUUCUACAGUUGGGAUCCAUACUAGGAAAGUUGCAAGUUGCAGUUAAAGGCAGGAAAGAAAGAGGAAAAAAAAAGAGAAAGUUUAAAUAUACUGGACUAAAUGCUUGUAUCAUUUACUGGCAAAUUUCCACAGGGUUUCUUGGGACCAAGAUUUCAUGCUUGCUUCUACUUGGCUUAAGAAAUUCUCAGAUGUGGUAGAUAUGUGGGUAUCAUGUUCUCUUUAAUGUUGUAGGAGAGGAAAAGAAAGAUUAGUAGUUUUGGACACCUGCCUUGAUUUGGAGUUGCUGGGAUCUGUGGUAUAAAUCUUUGUUCACUAUUGUUUCUCUGUGUAACGUGGACUCUUGCUUUGGGAAUAUGAAUAUGCAAAUGUAAAUUCCAAUGUGAGAGGUUCCUGUGCAGUGUGCCAACCGAUGCCAAACAACUACAUUUCUCUACUCUCUGAACUGUGGUCUUUUUCAAAAAGAGGGAAAAUGUAACUAACAGAUGAAAGCCACUCCAGUGCCAAAAAAGCCUGCAUGAGGCAAUUCAUGUACCACUCACUGAUGGUCCUAAGCAGCUCUUAGGAAAAGCUGAAUAAGCUUUUAACUCAUGAGUGAAUUUUAUCUUCUAGGAAUUAAGAGCAAUUUAUUGGUACAGAGCUAAAUUUAAAAAAAAAAAAAAAAAAAAAAAAAAAAAAAAGAAGGCCUGAAAAUCAGACUGGUGGUGGUCUUCUGUUUUGCUCCCUGUGAUGACAAGCAAGUUUAAAACAAUUUGUAAAUAGUUAAAAGAAAAUAAUUAUGUGGCUCACAGUAUGUAAGACAAGGCCCAGCAUGAAACAGAUUUUUACAGCUUAUUUAUAACUUUACACUUCUGUCUUUUGUUUGGAACUUGAAAAAGGAAACCAUGUAAAUUAAAUAAGGAGUGAAGACUUACUGCACAUAUUUAUUGACUGAAACAAAAGUAUCUCCCCACCUCCUGAGGUAUUUAUAAUCUAAAUCUGGGAUGAAUAAUGUACGGAGAUCUUGCCUUUUGAGCUCUAGUGCUGUACAACUGUUUAACACUUUUGCACAGCCAACAGAGGAGUGGUAACCAGAAGUCAUGAAGAGCAGUUGUUAGGGCCACAAAUUUGGAUUUGAAGAGGUACCAAAGAAUGCACAAAAAAGCUGGGAUUUAUGUUGUGACACUUAUUAAGCAGGUGUAGCAGUUAGACUGGGGAGGGAGGGGUGUUUGUAAAUAAAUGCAAAAAGUUUAAACUCUGACUCAUGACCACCCUGUCACUGAGUGUCAUAUUAGUUCUGGCUAUCUGAGAAGCUUCAAUAGUAUAAAAGAGGCCACUCAUAUUUUAACUGUUUCAUUAAAGCCUUCUGGAUAACUCUUCAGCAAAGAUUUCCACUCUAAGACAUUUGCCAUUGAUAUCAACUGUACAUAUGUAUUAAUACUCAGUGUAACUAGGAAGAUACAGAAUUGUAAUGAAGUCACAAAGUCUACUUGAUGAUCGCAGAUUUGUAACUCUCACAAAUUAUGUAAGAUAUGUUGACAUUUUAUCUUGUUAACAAGAUGUAUUUUUCUAUGUUAGCUAAAUGUAUAAUUUGUAUAAUUUUGUAUAUUAAAUGUAUGCAUAUUUUAAAUUAAAAA